AUGGGUCGGCGGAAGAUCGAGAUCAAGAGGAUAGAGAACAACGAGGCGAGGCACGUCACGUUCUCCAAGCGGCGGACGGGGCUGUUCAAGAAGUUGGGGGAGCUCUGCAUCCACUGCGGCGCCGAGGCAGCGGCGCUGGUCUACUCUCCCGGAGGGAAGCUGCACAUCUUCGCCCACCCCGAUGAGGCCCUCGUCUUCGACCGCUUCCUCAGCGCGCCGCCAGGGCCGGCGGCGGUGAUGCCGUUCGCCAGCCCCCCGGAGAGGGAGUCGGCGCUGCGGGCUUCGUGCGCCGAGUUGCAGGCGGUGCUGGACGCCGAGAAGGCCGGCCGGCGGUGGUGGGAGGAGACGAGCCUCGACGGGCUCGGGGCGGAGAGGCUCCGCAGGCUCCGCGGUUCCGUGUCCGAGCUGAGGCAGGCCGUCGCCGCGAGAGCCGAGAUGGCGCGCACCGGAGUGGCACUAGAGGCGGCAUCGGCUGGCACCUCUGCGCCGCCUGACGCAUGGGCAGACUUCUUCGACGCCGGGCACGGCGACACCCUGCAACUCCCAUCUGGAUUCUAG